AUGUAUGAAAUACAAGCCAUUAUUAAAGAUGUCUUAUAUUUGCAGUUACAACUACACUCGAACUUGGAAACGUUUUUCAAGUCGGUACCGAGAGAGAUAGUACCCAAGGACUACGGUGGGGACGAACCAACUUUGAAGGAAAUGAACGACGUGAACUUGCGCAAGAUAGAAGACUACAGGGAGUUCUUCCAGGAGGAACAGAAGAUCCGCGUGGACGAAAGUAAACGAGUUGGCAAGAAAGGGAAGUCUUCUGCUUCGACCGUUAACGGACUCGAUUCUGCCAAGGGAUCGUUUAAGAAACUAUCCAUCGACUAGGCUAACUGACUUAUGGUGCUAACAGAGUGAUUAAAUUUUAUGUUAAGUUACCAACA